AUGUACCGAGGAGCAAGUCACUCACAAGAAUUUUUGUGGAGGAACGCUACCACCGCUCGGUUAGUUAAGUCGUCACCGCCAUCGACGGAAAAACGCGAGCGCAGUGAGCCAAAAGUGUCCGUGAUGGACGAUACAGAUGGAACCUGCACGAAAAUCGAGUACACCGAAACAGUAGACGAAAGCAGCAUGGUGGACUUGAUUGAGAACGAUAGAGAAGAAUGCGAACACAUUUCACAAAAGCUCCCACCAGCUAAACGGAAAUGGGAACAUGUGAAGGAUGUUCGCAUGCAGGCAAGUUCAAACAGUAUGUCCAGCGGCAUAGCUCAAAAAGGAGCAAUAGUCCGCAUGGGAGAACACCUCUAUGGAUUCGAAGGCAUUCGCGACUUAUCAUUGAAUGCAGCCGCAGACGUUGACCGAUUCUUCGGAAGGAAGAUGAAUUCCGACUUGUUCGAUGGUGGUGACGAUGGACGAUUACCUCCUUUCCCGCACGAUUACACCACAGAUUACUCUAGGCGUUUCUCCAAGUCGUCCCUGACCCGCUCAGCUUACGAUAUAUCUGAUUGUCAAAGGGAACAUAGUAGCUCGGCAACCGUUGCAGCUAGUGUUUCCCACGAGGAAUUGUACCCGCGUAAAGAAGCAGUCCUUCCUGGAAAGGAUGCACAUGUAGGAUAUGAUCCAUAUGGUGAAGAAGCAAACCACGCCCAGUAUAUGUCUAGCGAUACAAGAACAUUUAUUCAAUCUGAGGAUCACUCUAGGAAUAGAGAAGCUGUGCAUCUCAAUGGUCUCUCCCAAACUGUGUCCAGUUCCAUGCAUAUCGUACACGACAGGCUUCACAAUACUCUAACCCAAUCGGUGGGUUCCGACCCCCAACUGUAUCAUCGGCCCCGUACUGACUCAUGGGACAGCUCCGGGAUACCUAAAUUCCAAGCCUCAGCUCCAUUCGAAUGCCAUCACCAUUUGGUCAGAGACUUCGAGGAUCCGUCGCCUAAGGGAUCGACUUCCUUAGUAUGUGAUGCAGACGUCCAGAUGAUCGCUCCGAGGCUUCAGUCAGAGGGAAGCAUCAGAAGUAUGACAUCAUCUAGACAGUCAGUAGUGGAUCAGCUAUCAGAAGACCAUGAACUCGCCAACAGCGCUGGUCUUCGUACACCAGUCAGCUCCUAUUCGGAAGAACCAGACUUUAGAUACGAUCCAUACCAGAGCGAAACCAACCGUUUCAUUAGCGAAAAUCUUGGCACACAGACUGUUCGUCGAAGCAGGGAAUCCUUGGCUGACAGUACCACCUCGGACAGACAGUAUGGUGGUGGUAAAGACACAAUGACAAUUACCAAGACGAUCUUCAUCGACGAUGGGAAAGAAAGCAGUGAUGUUUCCGAUACUGAAACACUUCGCCAGCAGGAUUCGAUUGACUCACGUUCCGAAUCCGACGCGACAAUAGUUCCAAUUGAGGUGAGAUUAUUCUAUGGAGAAUGUUCCUAUUAUGACUAUAAGCAAGGGUUCUAA